AAUUUCCGUGGUGGUCAAAGGGAGAGUCCAACUAAGGUCUAUUUCGGUGUAUCAACACCACAAACUUAUUCUUCGCGGUAGUUCUGAACUGAAGCUGUCGCUUCAAUUUGAUUCCGAGGGUUUUCUUCUUCUUCUUUGUUGUGUUGGUUUCGUUCUCGUGUUCAAUUCGAUGGUUAUGGAUACGAAUCGCUCAUCUGGUGCUUCUUCAUUUCUCUCCGAUCUUCCCUCUCGAGGCCUCUUCUCUUCCACCGUUGUGUCUUCCAAUCCGGGUGGGAUGCGGGUGUACGUAUGCGAUCAUGAAACAAUGCCACCAGAGGGCCAGCAUAUUAAGACAAACCAACAAAACAUACUUAUUAGAGCACUCACCCUAGGCCUCAAGAAACAAAAAUGUGAUUCCAGCUCAAAGGAUGGAACCGAGGGAUCUAGAAAGAGGGCUAGUGACAAGGGUUUGGAUGGCAGAGCUUCAGCUAAGAGAGCAAAUAAUCAAAUAAACUCUCUACAAGAGGGAUCAACCAGUCAAACAUUCAAUAAGGAUUUCCACAGGUUGACUGUAGAGAGGCUUCGUAAUCUUUUGAAAUCUAAAGGUCUUUCAACCAAAGGAAAGAAGGAGGAGCUUAUUGCACGUCUUAAAGAUGCAACUGAUUCGUGAACAAGAAGGGAGAAUAGUAGGAAAACUCUUCUCGUUAAACAUCCAAUGUUCUUGCCUCCAUUCAAAAGGUGCACCACUGCUGCUGCUGCAUCAAUCUCUACCACUACUUUUCUACAUCCCAUAGUCCAAGCUAGCUCCAUGCCUUUUUUCACUCCCCAUGUCUCUGCCCCAAAUGCCUUUCAGUGCCUAUCUUGUAGGAGAAACCCCCGAUCCAGCUGCUACUCUCGUUCCUCAACAGUCUGCCAAAACCGGUGGUACGUGGGUUUCCUUGUGCGGUGCCGUCAAUUUGACCCGUCCGCUCAUCCUUUCUAUGUUUUUCGUCAGCGGUAGUCAUUGGUCAAAAAUUUUAUUACCAAUAUGAUAUUUUUUAAGGUGAGUUCUAUCUAAUUCUCUCAAUAUUAAAGGCUAAGUUACUCUUUGU